AUGUCGUUGCAAUGGAGGAAGCGUUUGAAGGAUGUGGCUGCUCUGCAUCUACGACAAAUCCCAUGCCUUCAUGCUGUGGUACGCGCCUGUCGUUGCUUCAAACGGAGUCGCUACUACAGCCUGCAACAGGAGGAUGGAGAAGCCGAAGCGAGCGCCGUGGAGGACAAGCGGCAAAAUGUGAACGUUCUCCUUGGAGAGGUGCUGAUGAAAGCCUCCCUGGCAGGCAUGAUUGGCGUCACAGUCCUUUGCCUUGUGAGAACGCAGGGCUUCACGGAGGAUGAGAUGGACAAACUUGCUGACGUCCGAGUUGUGGACGAGGAGUACGAGUGGCUGCGCUUCAAGGAGGACUCGCCUUUGGUCUUGUACUUAGCCACAGUGGAGAUGCUCAUUUGCGGCUCAUGUGCUGUCACAGCUGCUGCAAUGUACCAGCGGAGAGGGUACCAAAUGGAGCACCCUGAGAAUAAGCCUCAGCAAUACAUGAAGGUUGAGCUAUCCAAAAAGGAAGGUGAACUUUAUGGUCUUGGUUUUCGGCCGAGCUCCGAUGGCCUCGAGUGUUUAGUGGUUGAGGAUGUCCGCGGUGCCCUGCAAAGAUGGAAUCGCCGAGCUUUGGAACCUUCCCCAGAGGAGCUCGUAGAAGAAGCGCUCGAGGAAGUUGGUCCAGACACAAAGCCAAAGCCGCAGGUGUCGUUGGGUUCGACCAUAGUGGCUGUGAACGAAGUGUAUGCUGAUGUUGGCUUGAUGCAACAACAGCUGCUGUCAAAGAGUCAGGUCACACUUUGGUUGACUGAGAGCAGAGACCAUCCCAGUGACUUCGAAUCCAGCGUUUUCGCCGGAAAUGGUUUCAGUGAAAGGACUGCAGAAGGAUCUGUGGAAGCUGAGACUGUUGGAGCACAGGCAGAGCAAGUUGGCACAGCGGACGCAGAUGACGCGGAUGACGCGGAUGCGGACGGUUCGAAAGCGGCGAAGAUCGCCGCUUCAAGUGCGCCGGUCGAACGAGGGCCACGCUUUGCCUGUGUUGCCAUGGAGGACGAAGAGCCUCAGAUCUUGACCAGCUGGGCUGUCUGCAGUUUGAUGUUCGGAUGGGUCACCAUGCUGCCAAUCCUGUUAAUGCAGCCGCAUGAAGAGAGGCCGCGGCAGCAGCUUUUUCGGCAGUUCUUGCUGAAGCCUAGCUUUGUGAUCUUGCCCCUGUGGCUGCUCCUGUGGUUUGUGGAUUGCAUCCAGUUGCUCUUCAUGUUUCAAUUGAUUCACCCGUUCUACUUCUUUCUGAUUUGCCAUAGCGUCCUGCCAGCCAUCAUGACUUGGCAUUUAUUCACAAUGCAGGUUGCGGAUGAGCGCAUCAUUUUGGACCAGAGGAAGUCGCGCGCAGUUGAGGCUGGAGAGGAGAACGUCAUUGAGGAUCCUCAACCAGUUUUCUUGAAGGAGUUGAUCAUGAUCAACCCGGUCGCAUUGGUCGGGUUGGGUGCUUCUGCAAGCAUCCCGAUUCUUUUGUGUUCCUUGUUCACAGUCUUCGAGACCAGGCGCUUGAAGGUGGCGCAGUCCUACGUGAACGUAAUCUACGGGUCCAUGACGAUCCUUCAACUUGUUUCGAUGUACUUUCUCUACCAUCUGCGAUUUGCGCAGUUGCCAGAGAUGUAA